UUUUAUUGAUAAAAAAAACCCAGCGGAAAAUAUGUGUAAAGGCCUACUCAACGUUGUCAACCCGUGCUUAGCGUUUGGUGACUGUUAGUAUGUGAUGUUGACCUGUGUGUGGUUUGGACAGGAAAUCCAAGUUAUUUCGUCGACAGAAGAGACCACGGUUGUUGCUCAGGCUUUGAGCCCAGGCUACAUUUCACUCGGCACUGCCUGCCUGGAGCUAGUUUGGAUCUGACGAAGGUGCUGGCGAUCUCUGGUCAUGGUGUGGAGGGAUUUGCUCUAAAGUUACAGAUCGAUGCCGAUGUGAGAUUUUUUUGUGAAAGGACUGAAAGCUGAUGAAAGUUAUUUUUUUUUUACGGAAUCUCAUUAGCUAGCUGCAAUGGGGACGUACAUGGAGCAACCGAUCUUUACCACCAGGGCCCAUGUCUUCCAGAUAGACCCAGUAACCAAGAAGAAUUGGCUUCCCUCCAGCAAACAGGCAGUCACCAUCUCAUUCUUCUAUGACAGCACAAGAAGCUCUUACAGGAUCAUUAGUGUGGAUGGAUCAAAGGCUAUCAUCAACAGUACAAUCACACUACAGAUGCAGUUCACAAAGACGUCGCAGAAGUUUGGCCAGUGGGCUGACAAUAGAGCCAAUACGGUGUAUGGACUUGGGUUUGCUGCUGAGGCUGAACUUAAUAAGUUCAUCGAGCAAUUUGAAAGUAUUAAAGAGAACAUGAAAGCAACUGCUUCGGAUAAGAAGGAAGGUGACCCGGUUACAACCAACGGCACCGCACCGAAAACCAUCAUCAGCUCUCCAGAGCCAAUACCCGUCAUCAAACAUGCGAGGGAAUCGUCAGGUGACAAGACUACAGUUGGUGCUGUGCCACUAAGCACUUCUAAUGAUGCCCACGUUCGAUAUGAAAAUGACAGACUAAAGAUUGCCCUCGCACAAAGUUCAAACAAUGCCAAGAAGUGGGAGCUAGAACUACAGACAUUAAAGAACAACAAUGCCAGGCUCACGACGGCUUUACAGGAGAGCACGUCCAAUGUGGAAGAAUGGAAGAAACAACUAUCGGCGUACAAGGAAGAGAACAGUAAAAUAAAAGCAAAGUUACAAGAUGCUACCUUCGAGGCUCAAGGUGCAGCGCCCUCUAGCGUCCCUGGAGGACAGGAUGGUAGAGUGAAGGAACUCGAAGAGAAGAUUCAGUCACUAACUCUAGCCAACAAGGACCGUACAAAGGAGGUCGAUGAAUUGACAAAGAGACUCAACCAGGUUACAGAAACGGAGGAAGAAGGCAAGAAACUAAGGCAGGAUUUACAGGAAUCGCAAGAGAAGCAAGCCGCUCUUCAGAAACGGGUGGAAGAGCUGGAAGAAGGUUUAUCCAAGGAGCAGAAAGGGAGGAAGAAAGACUCGCACCAAGCCCAAGAACUUCACCUACAACUUGGGAACCUGGUCCAACAGCUGGCCGGCCUUCACCAAGACAUGGCGCAGAUCUUGUAGGACCCCUUAGAUCUACCUCGGAGAAUUCACUAGUGGUUAGACUGCAGGGCUUGCAGUCAUAAGGUUAUAGGUUUGAAUCUUACCCAGCUAACCGCUGAUGUUACAAUGACUAGAAGAAGUAUUGUUGUCUUGUUACUGAAUUUCUUGAUUUGUGCGAUUCAUAAUCGCAGAUCUUGUAGGACCCCUUAGCUCUACCCCUGAGAAGUCAUUGUGUGGUAAAGUGGUUAGACUGCAGGACUUGCAAUCAUAAGGUUGUAGGUUCGAAUCCCAACCAAGCUAACCACUGAUUUCACAUUGACUAGAAUAAGUAUUGCCGUCUAGUUACUGUAUUACAAUAUCUAGAUUUGUCUAACUCAUCGUGGUCUAGUGGUUAGAUUGCAAGACUUGCAAUCAAAAGGUUGCGGGUUCUAAUCCUACCAAAGCUAACUGCUGA